GCUUCUGCUUGACUCACACACUUGCGCGAGCUGGCAUUGACUUGGCGCCGAAUCUGGAAUCUAGUAUCAAGUCAACCACUAGCAGCUAGAUAGAUUUCGUCCAAAACUACGUUCAGUUAACUGACUAGUCUGCAGCAACUAACAUUAGCACAAACUAUUCAUUGCGGGUAUACUAGUAUCUAAAACUAUAGUUAUACAGACAUUAGCCACAGCACUUUUUCUUAACCUUACAUUACCGUACAUUUGUCAUUCAACAUCAGGUAACCUGAGAACAAACAAUGUCAUCUGGUCGAGGAAAACAAUCCAAGAAGGCAAAACUAGCUGAGGAGCUGCUAAGUGACCUCAAAACAUUUGACUUCGGCAUGGAAGAGGAAAAGAAGGCAUUAACAUUAGCAAGUGGUUCAGAGGAAGACAUUCGUGAAGAUGAAACCCCAAUUGUUGACACCAAGUUAACGAAAAGACGACCUGGGCCUUCGUUUGAAGAAGACGAUGCUACUUUGGGUGUGAGUAAUGAGGUCCAGACGAUGCUGGAGAGGUUUGGGGCUGACAUAAGCAAAGCUAUGCAGGCUAAGAGGAAGAGGUUGGAGACUUUCACCAAAAGUUCUUUAAAAGGCAGCAAUCAGAAGCUGGAGCAACUUUGGAGAACACAACAUGCCCAGAGACAGAAGCUGACACAAGAGUACUCCCAGCAGGUAUUCUCAGUGCUACAGCAGUGGGAGACAGAUACACAGAAGUCAGAGGAGCAGGAGGAGAAGCUCAAUAACCUAUUUCGCCAGCAGCAAAAACUCUUCCAGCAGGCGAGGGUUGUUCAGAGCCAGAAGCUAAAAACCAUCCGAGAUUUAUAUGACCAGUUUGUAAAGAACAUGGACGAGAUGGAGAAGAGCCAUGAGAGCUUCCUGCAAGGGGCACAGGUGGAGCUAAAGAAGGAGAUGGCCAUGCUACAGAAGAAAAUUAUGAUGGACACUCAACAACAGGAAAUGGCUACCGUGCGGAAGAGUCUCCAGUCCAUGCUGUUCUAGACAUUAUCUUCAAAAUCCAGGGUGGCCGCUAGCUAUUUAGUUCAGGGUGCCACCAUUGUGCAAUGUUCAGUAUCACUGAUGUGUUUUAUCAACCGCAGGCCUAUCUAUUUACAUUUGUAUGUUCAUAUGUUUUAUUUAUUGUUAUUAUUGUAUUUAUUGUACAUUGUUUACAACAGUAAUGUGGUAUUCAGACCCAGAAUAAACUAGUUCUAUUUUUUUUUGUCACAGCCGAAGUGCAAAUACCAUUCUAUGUUACGAAGCAUGCAUUUCAUGUGAAUGAUUUUUAUCAGAACAAAUACAUUGUUUUGUAAAUAUAACGAAUAUUCAACAAGCCUGA